GCGGAGCCCGCGAGGACACUCGGAAGGGCGAGGGGAGAGAUCGGCUCCACGCGCCGCUUUCGGGGCUCGGGCUCCCCGCCAGCGCCGAUCGCCGGCGGCCCCGAGAGCCUGGCAAACGGAUUCCAUAAGAGCUGGCCCUUUAAGAUCAGUAGAAACGAGUGUGGUUGUGCGACAGAAUGGCCGCAAAAGUGGUCCCUCUGCCCCCAAAGCCGGAACGUUCCUUCAUACUGAGAGUGCCCCCAAACUCCAUGCUGGGCCAGGACCUGCUCCGAGAUGCUACUGGUGGACCCAAGACCAUACACCAGCUCGUCUUGGAGCACUUCCUCACUUCCCUGCCUAAGCCAGGAUUGUUCCAGCCCAGUGGGAAAGCCAAGGACACUGUAGUUAUGAAGGAUGUGAACUCAGACGGUCAGAACAGAGUGCAACCUCACCCAUUAGUGAAACUUCUUCCCAGAGAAGGAACACAGCAGAAACAGGACAGAGCACCUCCUCCGUGUCUGAAAGCCGAGUCUGAGGGGCUAGCAGUCUUGGAGGAUUUGAAUGUAUUUCAUUCCCAAGAAGAAUGUGUGAGCCUGGAUUCUGCUCAUCAGCCCACCGCAGAGAAGGAAGAAGAAAAUGUGGGGGAGAUGAUGUUACUGGUUAAUGAUAGUAGUCCUGAGGAUGAAGAAAUUCAAAAAGAAUCUGUAGAAAAUGAAGAUCGAAGAGAAAAGUUAUCUGACUGUGAUGAAAUGGACUAUAUCACAGUCUCUGAGCAACCUUCAAAUUGCAGUGAAGAAGAAAAACAACAAACCACAUCCAUUGGAAAGGAAAGGAAAAUGAGAAAUCUUUUAAUUACAAUUGAAAAUGAUACUCCAUUAGAGGAACUCUCAAAGUAUGUGGAUAUCAGCAUUAUAGCUCUAACUCGAAAUCAGAGAACAAGACGAUGGCACACUUGUCCACUGUGUGGUAAACAGUUUAAUGAAAGUUCUUACCUUAUUGCCCACCAAAGGACUCACACUGGAGAAAAACCUUAUGACUGUAGUCACUGUGGGAAAAGCUUCAAUCAUAAAACAAACCUUAAUAAGCAUGAGCGAAUCCAUACAGGAGAGAAACCUUAUUCAUGUUCUCAGUGUGGGAAAAAAUUUCGUCAGAAUUCUCAUAGGAGUCGCCAUGAAGAAAUUCACGUACGAGAGAAGAUAUUUAAGUGUCCAGAAUGUGGGAAAACCUUCCGAGGGAAUGAAGAAUUUGUGGUUCAUCUGCAGAGUCAUAAAGCUGAGAGGCCAUACAGUUGCAGAAAAUGUGGGAGACGAUUUGCUCGGCUGUCAAACUGUACCCGUCAUGAAAAAAUACACUCUGUAAGUAAGAACCAGAAGCAGAAGUGGAAUCGGGAAAGGUCUGAUGGUCCUGUCUCAACUUGAACUGUUUCAUAAGGAAUUCUAGAUUUUCCAGGCUUCCUGGAAAGAGAAAUACGUGAAGACCUCAUUAUAGACAAAACUGGGUAUAUACCUGUCUUGGCUCAAACCUCAGAUUCUUAGAAAACUCACAGUGCAGAGAACAUUGUCAAGGGCUAUACCUCACUUAGCAUCCGGGCUUGUUGACUAAGUGCGUGUGAGAUUUCCCAACAGUGUACAGAGCAGAUGCUUUUCCAGAAGGCUUUGAACAGGAUGCCACUUUUCUUGCAACGGGAACAGAGCAACUUGUGGACUGAAAGUACAUCUACUUUUUUCAUUCACAUAAAUUCACACUUGAUGAAAGAAGCAAUGUAACCAUCUUUAUCUGGUACUGUGCUCCCCUGAAAAAGCCAAACUGCUGUUUGUGAAGCCAUCAGCUAUAACAAUUCACAUGUCUCUGAAAAUAACAAGACAGCUUGAGCGUUUAAUGGGAUUAUUUACAGGAAAAUUCAGCAAUUGAAUGUCAAAGACUUUUUUAGUUUAUCUGAUUUAAUAGUCCAUUUUUUUAAUACUGUACUUGGUAAAAAGUGGCUUUUACAAAAAUCCUUUUCACAACAUGAUUAAAAUUAUUUAC